ACGGACUGCCAGAAAUUUGAGUUUUGUGCUCUGCCUCUGUCUGAGGGCUGGGUUGUUCUUUCAUCCAAGAAGAGAGAAGAAACAAGCGAUUUAAAUCAUGACGAGACAAAGACGAUGAUUUAACAAGAACAAAUGAUGAUUUAGACGCUCUCGGGACCUGCCAUGGCGAUAAGGGAGCUCAAAGUUUGUCUUUUAGGGGACACCGGCGUUGGCAAAUCCAGCAUCGUUUGUCGAUUUGUUCAAGAUCACUUUGAUCACAACAUAAGCCCGACCAUAGGGGCGUCAUUCCUGACCAAGACGGUACCGUGUGGAAACGAGCUUCAUAAAUUUCUAAUCUGGGACACGGCCGGACAAGAGCGAUUUCACUCGUUAGCUCCCAUGUACUACCGAGGGUCAGCUGCUGCUGUCGUCGUCUACGACAUCACUAAACUGGACUCUUUCCAGACACUGAAGAAGUGGGUGAAGGAGCUGAAGGAACACGGCCCAGACGACAUCGUUGUAGCCAUAGCAGGGAACAAGAACGAUUUAGGAGACAUCAGGGAAGUUCCCAUGAAAGAAGCGAAGGAAUUUGCAGAAUCAAUCGCAGCUAUUUUUAUUGAGACCAGCGCCAGAAACGCCGUCAACGUUGAGGAGCUCUUUCAGAAAAUCAGCAAACAGAUCCCGCCCCUGGAGAACCCUGAAGUAGAAAGCAACGAUUCCUUUAAACUCACACGACAGCCCAGUUCGACUGCCAGGAGGUGCUGCUAGAACCAGGAGGAUCUGAUGGACGGGCUGGACCAAGACUCCACCGGCAGAGCACAAAGUCCACGAUGCACUCGGAGCUUCAGGGGAGACUUUAGAUGGACCGAGGUCAGAACGAGGGGAACGAAACAAAUGGGCCAAAACACAUUUAUAUCAUUCCAUUGACGUAAAAGAAGCAGGAACCUUUGGGUUUGCUGCCCUCUUGUGGUGUUUUGGCUGCAUUACAUCUGCAUUUCUGUGAACUUUUAAAACUAAAUUCGAUCCAAUUUGACAAACUAAGAUAAUAAUACACACAUUAAAUCACGUGGUUCUGGAUGAUUCCUGUUGUUAAACCAUGCUUCGUAGUUUAUGCAACUAAAUUUAUGUUUUCAGAGCCACCUGCC